CGAGACUACACUUCCCAGAAAGCCUUGCGCGGGGGGGCGGAGGCGGCAGGGAUGCGAUGGCGAAGUCGCUGACCCUGGAGAUGCUCACAUAUGUUCUGAGCUUCCUGCCUCUGUCAGAUCAGAAAGAGGCCUCCUUCGUGAGUUGGGCUUGGUACCGUGCUGCCCAGAAUGCCCUUCGGGAGAGCCUGGGCCUCAGGGGCAUCUGCUGCAUCAGCCUGACCAACCUGGAUGGCUCCCCGGCUUCACACCAGGUGCUACAAUUUGUUGCUUACCACCUGGGCCCACACCUGCAGAGCUUGUCCCUGGGUGGAGGCAGCCCCACAGAGGCCUCCUUUGUGGCCCUGAUCCUGGGCUGCCCAGCCCUGUGUGUCCUUGACCUCAGUGGCUGCAAUAGCCUCUUCACCUCAGGCACACUGCUGGCUCAGCCCGAGAUGGCACAGAGCAUCCGGCAGGCUUUGAGCGGCCUCCGUGAGCUCAACCUGGCUGGCCUGCGAGACCUGGCUGACCUCAGCUUCAACCGGCUCAGCAGCUGUGCCCCCAGCCUGGAGCGCCUCUCCUUGGCAUACUGCCACCUCAUCUUCGAGCUAGGCCCAGCCCGAGGCUCCAUUGGCCCCCAAGACUCCUCUCCCUCCCAGUUCUCCUUCCGCAACCUGCUGCGAUUCAUGCAAGAGCGGGCUGGCAGGCCGCGUGCCCUGGACCUGAGUGGCACUGGCUUGCCACUUGAGGCCCUGCGGGCCCUGGGCCAGGUAGCUGGGCUGCAGCUUCAGGAGCUGAGCCUGCACAGCUGCCGGGACCUCUCCACAGAGGUUGUGGCUACCCUGUGCUUCCAGCAACCAGGACUUACCUCCCUGGACCUCAGUGGCUGCUCAGAACUGACUGAUGGGGCGCUCUUGGCCGUGAGCCGAGGCCUGCGGCACCUGCGGCGCCUGAGCCUGGGGAAGCUGCAGCGGCUGACAGACGCAGGAUGUACAGCUCUGGGUGGCCUGCAGGAGCUGCAGAGCUUCGACAUGGCCAAGUGCUGCCUGGUGAGAGGGCGGGAACUGGCCCAGGCCCUGGGCUCUGUGCACGGGGCUCCAUCCCAGCUGGCCUCCCUCAGCCUGGCCCACUGCUCUUCAUUGAAGGAUGCCUCAGUGCUCUCCAUGAUCCCAGCACUGGGCCUGAGCCUCAGGGUGCUACACCUGUCCUCCUGUGUGGCCCUCACCAACUGGACCCUGCAGGCCAUCUGCACCUACCUCACCCACCUCUCAGUCCUGCGCCUGGCUUGGUGCAGGGAGCUCUGUGACUGGGGGCUUCUGGGGCUGGGGGAGCCUGUGCAGGGGACCCAGGUGCGGGACCCUCGAGGUCUUGGAGGACGGGGUGGCCCCUGGGCUCAGCUGCCCUCCUGCCCCUCCCAAGUCUCUGUAGGAGUACUUAAGGGCAAACUCAGGAGGAACCUGAGAAGCAAGGGCUUCUUCCCACAGUCACGCCCAGAGCUGGAGCAUCAGGCCUCAGGUACCAAGAACCCCUGUCCCGAGCCACAGCCCUCCCUGCUCAUGCUGCGGGCCCUGCAGGAGUUGGACCUCACAGCCUGCAGCAAGCUGACUGAUGCCAGUUUAGCCAAGGUGCUGCAGUUCCCCCAUCUGAGGCAGUUGUCCCUUAGCCUGCUGCCAGAACUCACAGACAAGGGCUUGGUGGCUGUGGCCAGGGGAUGUCCUAGCCUGGAGCACUUGGCUCUGAGUCACUGCAGCCACCUCAGUGACAAGGGCUGGGCCCAGGCAGCCAGCUCCUGGCCAAGGCUGCAGCACCUCAACCUGUCCAGCUGCAGUCAGCUCACAGAGCAGACACUGGAUGCCAUUGGGCAGGCGUGCAGGCAGCUCUGGGUGUUGGAUGUGGCCAUGUGCCCUGGCAUCAACAUGGCCGCCGUCAGACGCUUCCAAGCCCAGCUGCCCCAGGUGUCCUGCGUCCAGUCCCACUUCGUGGGAGGGACUGACCUGACCCUAACACUCUGAGGCUGGGUCAGUAACCAGCCCUGCAGCACAGUCUCCUUGACUCCCCCAGUCUCCAACCCUGGCCUUGACCCACGUUGCUUCUUGCCUCCCUCUACUGCAGACCAUCUAGGACUGGGGGUGGGGCCAAUCCAGGGCAGCCCAGAGGGAACUUCCCGCAACACCGCCUGGCAGUAGCCUCUUUCCAGCUACACGUCGCUGCCACAGGCCCCUGGAAAUGCUACCUACAUGUUGCCACCACAGGCUCCUGCUCUCUGGCCAAGCCCUGGGCAGGAGGCCAGGCCCCCAGCAGGCAGGGUCUGGUGCUGGGAGGAGCAGAGCCCCUGCCUCUUGCCUGCCCUCCUCAGACCUAAGGCUGGGCUCCACCUACUCCUGUGGGACUCUCCCAGCACCCUGUGUGCACUGAGCUUCAACAGCUGAGCCCAGGUCUGUGCUGUAAAUCCUAAGAUUAAACAUUCCAGAUAGUA